UUUCAUAUACAUACAUAUAUAUAUAUAUAUAUAUAUAUGUGUGUGUGUGUGUUUUUGUAUAUAUUAUACACGUAACUUCACUACUCUAUCAUCAUCAUCUCGUCUCUUAAUUAAGCAAGCUAGCUAAAAGUGGAACAGAUACAAUUGCUUAAGCUGGAUCAAUUAGCCACAGCUUUUUUUCAUAUAUAUAUAUAUAUAUAUAUAUACAUAUGAUCCAAGAUUCAGAGUAUCUGUCAGUCGGGCAGUCGGCCAGUGAUCACUCCAUUAAUGAUUAAUCUUCUUCUUUUAGUUUAGCACCGAGCUUGGUCAGUCUACUAUAUUCUUUCUCUCAAAUCAACAAAUUUCCUAUAACAAAUAAAUUAAUAAAUAUUCCUACGUACGUAAGGAGGUGAAGGAGGGAAAGGAAGGGUGGGGGGGCAGGGAUGGGUCGGAUACCGUGUUGCGAGAAGGACAGUGUGAAGAGGGGCCAGUGGACCCCUGAAGAAGACAACAAGCUCUCCUCCUACAUCGCCCAACACGGCACCCGAAACUGGCGCCUCAUCCCCAAAAAUGCUGGUCUACAGAGGUGUGGCAAGAGUUGCAGGCUGCGGUGGACCAACUACCUUCGUCCUGACCUAAAGCACGGCCAAUUCUCAGAGUCUGAGGAGCAAACCAUUGUCAAGCUUCAUUCCGUCGUCGGCAACAGAUGGUCCCUAAUAGCAGCUCAGCUUCCUGGCCGCACAGACAAUGAUGUCAAAAACCACUGGAACACCAAGCUCAAGAAGAAGCUCUCUGGCAUGGGAAUUGAUCCAGUAACACAUAAGCCCUUCUCCCACCUCAUGGCAGAAAUCGCCACCACUCUGGCUCCCCCUCAGGUGGCUCACCUCGCUGAAGCAGCCCUUGGCUGCUUCAAAGAUGAAAUGCUCCACCUCCUCACCAAGAAGCGCAUAGACUUUCAGCUCCAACAGUCAAGUACUGAUGCCGCCGGAACCUCCACAGCCACCUACAUUCCCAGUAAACAUGACGAAAAAGAUGAGGAUACUAUUGAAAAGAUCAAGCUGGGGUUAUCCAGAGCAAUACAAGACCCUCCUCCCCUCCUGCCCUUGACCAAACAUAACUGGGAUUCUAAUGGGGGUGCAUCUUCAAAUUUUGUCUCUGCUUUUCCUGCAUCUGCAUCUGGGUUUCAGUAUGAUCAUGCAUACCUUGCUAAUGAAGGAGAGGGAUCUCCCUGGAGCCAGAGCAUCUGUACGGGAAGCACAUGCACCGGAGGGGACCAUCAAGAACGGUUGCUUGAAAAGCUUGAGGAUGACAAUGAAGGGUCUGAGGGUGGAAAAACAAUCAGAAAUGGAUCAAAUAUGUUCAGUUCAGACUGUGUUUUGUGGGAUCUACCUUCUGAUGAUCUGAUGAAUCCUAUGGUUUGAAGGGCUCAUGCAGAUUGCUUUUUGCUAAAAAGUAAGGAACUGGAAGUCAGAUUGAGAGGGAAAGAACUCCUUAUUUAUAGAAAAUAAUGAAACAUCUAAAGUACAUGCGGCAAGCAUGAUACAAAUGUAAAUAACACUCAUUUCUAUGAGGACUUUAGUAAUAUUACCAAGACAUAACCUCAAGUAAUUAUUUCCCA